AUGCGUGGUUUUAUCCUCGUGUGCCUCACAGCACUUCUGCUUAUCAUGGCAUAUGCCGAGGCCAGGCCAGAAACAGAUGCCAAGAAAAAGUUGCGUGAAAGCGGAAUGAAACUGAUGGAAACAGUACGGAUGGCCAUGCUAAAGAUGUACGAAAAAUGCAAAGAGAAAUUCAUAAAAUAUAUGGAAAGAGACAAUCUGGGGGAGAAGUUAGCUGCGGUCGUGGAAAUUUGUAAGUUCUUCCCGAGUGUUACCGGUUCAUUCUGGCUCAAUAGUCAUAGAACGUCUGAAGAAACGUAUUGAGGACUACACGGACGAUUAAGUACAAAAAGGAAUCGAACAUUUGUUGCGAAAAACUGACACGAUCUGUGCUUUUUUUUAUUCCCAUGUUACCUUUUCACCUAAUCCGUA